UUUACUCCACCGUGGAACUCGAAGGAAGGCUGUAUCCAGCCUCACAGCUCACUCCGCGAUAGCCAGCGAGCCGACACGUUCGUGGCAGCCGCGCGCUCGCUCUCAGUCCGAUCGAAACAUAUCGAAAUUCAAAAAUAGUUUAUGUGUUAAUUAUUGAUGUUUUACAAGUUACCCCACGUGUUAUAGAGGGCGGCAAAAUGGGAACUUUUGUCACGCUAAGCCAGGGUUUCCUGCUAUUAGCGCUGCUAUUCGUAACACUAGCGGACGGUAAAAUCGAAGAGAGCAAUGUACAGACAGUACCGAGUGACUUGCGCCGGGCCGUCAGUGAGGCGAUGGCCCUGGAGAGGAGAUUCAUUCAGAACGGGAAUGCACCUGAGGAAUGCACUACAGAAGAAGAAGAUAUAAGCAACACGCCGUGCCCGCCAAGCAAGUACCGGAGUGCGAGCGGAGAAUGCAACAAUGUUAGGCACCGCCCCUGGGGCAGGAGAGGCGAUGUGUUCCUGAGGCUGCUGCCGCCUAAAUACUCUGAUGGAGUAUCGCAGCCAUUAUCACCACCUCAUCUCCCUGAGGCAUCUUUGGCAGUACAAGCGGUGGCCCAGCUGGCGCAACCUGAAGAACAUGACUAUGUCACCAGCAUGCUGGCCGCUUGGGGACAAUUGAUCAUGGACGAUCUUAUCGCUACUGCCAAUGGAAAUAAGAAAUGUGAAGGUCCAGCCUGUGCAUACAUACGAUCGGCACCGACAAGGAAUUUGGACUCGUGUAAAUUUGAACAUAGAGAACAGAUGAACCUAGCCACUUCAGUGUUAGACGGUUCAGCCUUAUACGGAAGUUCGGAAAAGGAACUUCGCUCGUUGCGUCUGUACGACGCCGGCAAAAUCGACCUUGCGUCGUGUCGAAAAUGCAACGACGGGUCACCAAGUGCACCUCUGUACAAGGCCCUAUUAUCGGAGCACAACCGUAUCGCUGGAGAAUUAUAUUCGUUAAACCCCUUCUGGGAAGACAAUGCCUUGUUCUUGGAGAGCAGGCGCGCUCUUGCAGCCAUCAUACAACAUAUCACAUAUAAUGAAUUCUUACCGGUUUUAUUGGGAGAGGUGGGAAUGGCCAAGGCUGAAUUGAAACUGACGUCUCUAGGAUUUUGGCGCGGUUAUUCGAGUGCCAACCGCGCUGGUACUUAUGCUGAGAUAUUGUCUGUGGCGCCCAUCUUUGACGCUAUGAUGAAUGAAAAAUUGGCAAACACAACGAUAUCUCUCAAAGACCUGGUACAGGCUAGUGCCCACAGCGUGUCGCGUCUCUCGGCCUCCGCGCAAUGGGAUCUGAACAGGAACCGCGAUCAUGGAAUCCCAUCUUACUUGAGGGUUUUGAGGAUGUGCGAGCCAAUGGUCUCCAUUAAAUCGUAUGGGGACUUUGAAAAGUUGGGCUUCAGUAGGUCACAGCAGGAAAUGAUGGCUGAUAUGUAUAGAAAUGCCGAAGAUGUCGAGUUGCUAGUGGGUGGUGCUAUGGAGAAACCAGCCACAGGAGCCGUGAUUGGUUCCACAUUAGCGUGCGUGCUAGCCAUGCAGUUCGCUAACUUGAAGAAGAGUGACAGAUUCUGGUACGAAAACGAUAUCCCACCAUCAUCAUUCUCGCCAGAGCAGCUCGGAGCCAUUAGGAAAGUCUCUCUGGCCGGAUUACUCUGUGCCAAUGAUGAGUUGGUUAAGAGCAUACAACCCAAGGCGUUUGUGAAGGAAGACCCUUACUUGAACGCAGGCCAACACUGCUCCCAGCACAACCAACUGGAACUGUCCGCGUGGAAGGACGACAGCGGCGCGCGAGCCGCCGAGAGGCUCUCCCAGGACAUGUUAGCCGCGGCCCUGGAAAAGGCCAAGCAGGAGAUGGCCGAUAGGAAGAAGCUGGAGUACAUGCUGUGGGAGUCGCAGGGUGGAGCUGACCCCAAGUCUCCAGUGGGAACUGCCGCAUCUUUCUCUAAAGCAAACAAAUAUGCUCUGAAGCUUGCCAAUACUUCGCUCUUCUUUGAGUUCGCUACAAAUGAACUCCUUAACUCCAUUAAUGGCCGCCGCCGCAAGCGUCAAAUUUUCGACGACUCAAUUGGCUUCAGUUCAUCCAACGAAUUCGUGGACUCGCUACAAUCAGUGGAUGUCAGCAGUCUGCUUGGUCAAGAUCAGUUGGGACCAGUGAUUGAACCGCAGUGUGAUGAUGCUGGGUCCUGUGACGCUAAUAGCCCCUUCAGAACAUAUACUGGAUACUGUAAUAACUUACGGAACCCCAAUUUGGGUAAAAGUUUGACCACGUUCGCGAGGUUGCUACCACCGGUGUAUGAAGAUGGUGUCAGUCGUCCCAGAAUCAACUCGGUGACAGGAACGCCGCUACCUUCACCUCGUAUCGUGUCCACGGUGAUCCAUCCUGACAUUUCCAAUUUGCAUACAAGAUACACCCUUAUGGUCAUGCAGUUCGCGCAGUUCCUUGACCACGAACUCACUAUGACUCCUAUUCAUAAAGGUUUCCACGAGUCGAUCCCAGACUGUCGGUCCUGUGACUCGCCCCGUACAGUGCACCCUGAAUGCAACCCCUUCCCAGUACCACGCGGUGACCACUACUACCCUGAAGUUAAUAUCACCUCCGGGGAAAGGCUAUGCUUCCCGUUCAUGAGGAGUUUACCUGGACAACAGCAACUUGGACCCCGAGAACAAGUGAACCAGAACACGGCGUUCAUAGACGCGUCGGUGGUGUACGGGGAGAACCCGUGCAUCGUGCGCAAGCUGCGCGGCUUCAACGGGCGCCUCAACGCCACCGCCAGCCCGCUCAACGGCAAGGACUUGCUGCCGCGCUCCGACAGCCACCCCGAGUGCAAGGCGGCCAGCGGCUUCUGUUUCAUUGCUGGUGACGGUCGAGCGUCCGAACAGCCGGGUCUCACAGCGCUGCACACUAUCUUCCUCCGCGAACACAACCGUAUAGUGGAAGGUCUGAGAGGAGUGAACCCACACUGGGACUCAGACCUCUUGUUCGAACAUGCACGCAGGAUAAUGGCCGCUGAGUUCACGCAUAUCAUAUAUAAUGAGUUCCUGCCGAGAUUACUGUCUUGGAACGCUGUGAACUUGUACGGCUUGAAACUGCUGCCAUCUGGCUACUAUAAGGAAUACUCUCCCACCUGCAACCCAUCAAUAGUCACAGAAUUCGCGGCCGCUUCCUUCAGAUUCGGUCACUCGUUACUCAGACCACACCUUCCGCGACUAUCGCCAACGUACCAGCCCGUGGACCCACCCAUCCUUCUACGUGAUGGUUUCUUCAGGCCUGAUAUGUUCAUGAACCAUCCACCAAUGGUAGACGAGUUGAUCCGUGGUCUCGUAUCAACACCCAUGGAAACCCUGGACCAGUUCAUCACUGGGGAAGUCACGAACCAUUUGUUCGAAGACCGCAAGAUUCCGUUCUCUGGAAUAGAUCUGAUUGCUCUGAAUAUCCAAAGAGCUAGAGACCAUGGUAUUCCGAGUUACAACAAUUACAGAGCAUUGUGUAAUUUGAAGAGAGCCACCACUUUUGAAGAUUUGUCCAGAGAAAUUCCGGAUGAAGUUAUUGCAAGGUUCAAGCGGAUCUACCCGACGGUGGACGACAUAGACCUGUUCCCGGGCGGCAUGAGCGAGCGGCCGCUGCAGGGCGGGCUGGUGGGGCCGACCUUCGCCUGCAUCAUCGCCAUACAGUUCCGCCAGCUGAGGAAGUGCGAUCGCUUCUGGUUUGAAAAUGACAAUCCCGCGGCUCGAUUCACUGAACAACAAUUGGCUGAAAUCAAGAAAACAACGCUGUCCAAAAUCCUCUGUGAAAACUUCGAUAUUCUCUCCGACAUCCAACGUGCAUCUUUCGACUUACCCAGCAAUUUCUUAAAUCCCCGAGUAUCGUGUGCCUCAUUGCCCAAACUGGAUCUAUCAGCGUGGCGCGAGAACUCGGCGCAGGGCUGUCUCAUCGCGGGCCGCGCCGUGCCGCUCGGAGACUCCGCUUUCCCGUCACCGUGCACGUCAUGCAUCUGUACUGCUGAAGGGGCGCAAUGUGCCUCCCUGCGCAUCACCGACUGCGCACAGCUGUCCCGCGAGUGGCCGCGCGACGCGAUCCAGCGCGACGACGUGUGCACCGCGCAGUGCGGCGCCGCGCCGCCGCGUGCGCCGCGCCGCCCCACGCUCAGCUUCAACUUCCCGGAUCUGACGCCCUUCAUAGCCAAGUGAACUUGAUCUGUUGUAUUCACUUGUAGGGGGACGUAUCGUUGUAGGGGGGGGGUAAGUUAUUGUAGCGAGGGGUGGGGGAGUGAUGAGGCGCAUGCGCAAGUAUUCAGCGGAACGUCUGCACCGCGCGAGACGCCCACCAUCAGUGCGUGCACACAUUUAUGCGUUACUUGAUUUGUUAAGUGGUCUUAUAACAAGAUGGAGGGAGGAGGAGAGAAAAAAUAACGAGUUGUAGACAAGUUCUUUGUAGAUAAUAAAAUGAAAAAUAUGAAUGUGCAAAAAAAGCAACGAUUAUUUUCGUGUAUAUUCUAUCGUGUAUGUAGCUUUCAUUUUUAUGAUUGCGCGUGAAAUAUAAAGUAAAUAUUAAUAAUAGACAUCGAGUACGAAGUAGUCCUUUUCCCCAUACUUGGGGACAGAACUGGCAAAUGCGCAAUAUCAGUCUACAGAUAAUAUGUUUUGCAAUAUGCAUUAGGUACUGAAUACUUCAUCCGGUGAAUAACUGUGAAUUUUUAACCGAGUUACUCGCGUUAUAUCUAAGAGGAGAAAUUAUAGUUACGAACUGGUAUCCACACUAGUGCCAGGACGAAAACGAAUGUGAUCCUAGUGUAGAUUUAAUAAGCAAAUUCCUUUUUUAUUCAUUGUUAAAUUUAAUUGAAAUAACUAAUAGUUUUUAAUUAUAAUCAGAACUAAAUCUACACUGACGGAUCACGAAAUAUUGAAUUAAAUAUACAGGCACUCCAUGAGUGCCUGGUAUUAAGGAUUCAAAUUCGGAAUUUGAGAAAAUAUCAUCUCCUUAUAAUAAUUGUCAUAUAAGAAAGUAGGUCAAAUGGUUGUUAUAAAUGUAUGUACUAAUUAAAAGGAAACUAUGCAUAUAUAUUAAGAAGGUUCUGAUAGUCAAAACCUUUUUUGUUUAAGUUUGUUAAUACAAUGUCUAUCAAGAAAUUUUUUAAAAUUACAUAUUAAUUGCAGUAGAACGUAAAUUUUUAAAUCCAUUUUAUCAACUUGCAUUUGAUUAAAAAACUCGGCUUACAAUUUUCACUGAAAAAACUCAUUUUAUACUAUGUAUUGUAACUCAUCCUUGGUAAUCUCUUUGAAGUCAUUAAAAUAAGCACCAACACAACAGACAUAUAAUAUGUAAAUACAACCAAAAAUAUUUUAUAAUCUAAUUUCCUUGCAGUGUCAUUCUAGAUUAAACUAUUUCUUCUACUAUUUCUUUUACGAUACUCAAGUUCAAAUUAAUUUAAUUAUAAUUUUAGUAGCUAAUUAAUGAUCACAAAAAUUAUUAAUAAGUUAUAAACAACCAAAAAGGUAAUAUUAAAAAUGGAACAAUUAUAAGAGCAUUUCAGCCAUUGUAAGCUUUAAUUGAAAACAUUAGAACACCUCAAAGGAACUAUAGCUACCAGCCCAUGUUACCAUUUAUUGUACAACCAGUGAAAAAAUAACGUUAGGUUUUAGAAUAAAAAUAUUUUCACUGCCUAGUUAGGAUUGUAUAAAUUAUUUUUGUAAUAUAAUGGCGUACUAUUUGUGUUUAGUAUUAAGAUUGUGUAAUUUUUGUACAAUUUUAGUUUUAUAAUAAAAAUAAUUACAAU